AUGUUUUGCUUAGGCUCCAGAAAAGAUGUGAUUAGUGAAAGAUCGGGUUUAAAAUCUAGCAAGAGUCAAAAAAAGGAGAAGUCGGGGCGGUCUUCACAUCGUUCGGUGUCCUCGAGUAAACCGAGGAGUGCUAGAUCCCGCUCUCCAGUUCAGUCAGUAAAACUACCGUCUGAAGAAUCCAUCGCAGCUGAUGUAGUAAACGUUCAAACGGAUGAAAACGAAUUUACUGAGGAAAACUCUCACUCCCUUCCCGGUGACAAUAAACACACCGCAGAUCAGAAACCAACGGAGCAACGACGGGUUGUAAGCACCUCAAGUCUUGGUAGCAAGUCCACUCAAAAGUCUUCUGAAGAGCUUCCAGCUGUCCGCUCCGUCGUUAAGGUUUCAACAAAUGCUCCAUCAGCGCAGUCGAGCACCAAUACGACAGCUAGUUCAGCAGCCGUUGGUGGCAUGCUCUUGAAACGUGCAAUGAAUGAGGCUCGAGCCAGCACUGCUCAAGCUCAAGAACGACCUGCUGCCGUUGUUCGCGGACAGAAGCGGACUAUUGAAAAAUCGGAGGUUGCUGCUAUACCUCAGGAGAGGACGAAGGGGGAUGUAAAUGAGGCAGAGGAGGCGGAGGUGCCGACGAAGAUGACGCGAUUCGUUGUGACCAUGGGUGAGGAGCCGUUGCUGUUGAAGCCUAGUGUGAAAUCGCGACUGGGACCACGAGUAGUUGCGCCCAUCACCGACACAUCCAACAACGUCGAAAUGCUUGACGCUCGUGAAAUCCUCAUUGCCAAGAAGUCUAAAGUCAAGUCGCCCCGCAUGCAGAUCAUCCUCGGCGAUUCCUUUGGGGAGGAUGAGGAGGAGGAAGGGGGAGAGGGCAUUGUUAGUAGUGCCAAUGACGUCUUUGCUUUUGAGAGGGAAGGUGAUGGGAAAUCAGAGGACAAGAAACCUGGCAGAAGCGCUAUCCCCAGCUCCCUUCAGCGGUGCAAAUAUUGGCCUAAUUGCCGCAACCAGGGGAAUUGCCAGUACAUUCACCCCAAGGAGGAGUGCAAGGCCUUCCCUUCAUGCAGAUUUGGUGAUCGUUGCCUUUACAUUCACCCCCCUUGUCGCUAUGGUGCCCAAUGCUCUCGACCUGGCUGUGCAUUUUCUCACGCAGGACAGGAUGCCACUGUCUCACCACUCACCCCGAAAGUUGUGUGUCGCUACUUCCCUCACUGUAAGCUACCCGUGGGCACUUGUCCCUUCUAUCAUCCUCCUACGCCUGUGUGUCGCUUCGGCGCGACGUGCUUGAACAGAGGUACCACCUGCCCCUUCGCGCACCCCAUACCGGCUGCGGGAGCUAAGGUCGGCCCCUUGACUGUGCCCGUGCCCUCAAAUAAACUCAAGUGGGUUGCCCCGGGGAAGUCUGCUACUUGCGCUGCUGCUCCCACCACUGCUACAAAGAAAAUGUCCUCCUCCUCAUCGGAGAACAUAAUUCGAACCACCACCGCCGCAACCCCAAUUCCUGCACAGCCGGUGUCAACUGAAAUCUCCAGUUAA